CCUCCAAUGGGAGCCGACGGCGCCGCCGGCGAGGCGCGCUCCGGGCGCGGAUUGGCGGUGUGGCGCGGCAGUGGGCGGGGCACAGUCCGGUGCGGAGCGGCCAUGACGGCGCACAGCUUCGCGCUGCCGCUCGUCCUCUUCUCCGCCUUCUGGGGCCUCGUGGGCAUCGCCGCCCCCUGGUUCGUGCCCAAGGGGCCGAACCGCGGGGUGAUCAUCACGAUGCUGGUCACCACCGCCGUGUGCUGCUACCUCUUCUGGCUCAUCGCCAUCCUGGCCCAGGCCAACCCCCUGUUCGGGCCGCAGCUGAAGAACGAGACUAUCUGGUACGUGCGCUUCCUCUGGGAGUGAGCAGCCCCUGGGAGCUGGCGCCUCAACAGAGAACCCCAUCAAAUCCAUCACCCUCUUGUAGCUGUUCCAGCCUCUACCCUCCUGUACCAAACAGCCCCCAGAGGUGCUGGACAGAGGCUGGACCCGCUGCCCAAGCACACCUGGAGCACUGGAGCCUGGACCAAUGGAUGGCUGGGCCCCCAGGCACGGCAGACAGCAUCCCUGGACAAGGGCCUACUAAUCCAGCCCUAGGAGUAGCCCCGCUACCAGGGAGAGAUCCUUUCAGCUGGCCCAGUGCUGCAGUGACUGGGCACCAUCCUGUGAGGGGUCUGUGUGUAGUGCCAGCGGAUCCUGUCCCAGCAGUGCUUGUCCUGCCCUCUUGGUGCGUUCAGCCCUAGCCCCUAUGUGAAACCCCUGCUCAUAGCCCAAGCUGCCCAGCUAGUUCCCCUUCCCUGGUCAUUACAUUCACUGGCUGCCUGUCUGCAUGAGAACACAGGAGCCAUUGCAUCCUCUGUGGAGUGAGCAGUCCCGUGUGGUGGGGGGUGGUCCCUGCUAAGGCAGAUUCUGGCUGUGGGUGGAAGAACAAAGGGUUGACCCUGGAGGAGUGUGCAGACCCCCUUGGGUGUGGUAAGGGAGGUGUUGGGGACUGCUGGCAGGGACGAAAAGAGGGCUGUCUCCCACCUGAGCAGGGAGGCAGCUGCAGUAGUGUUUAGGUAUCUCCACCACAAGAUGGGUCCAGGUUCUGAGAAGAGCCAAGUAGGGCAUUGUGUUUCAGGUUUCCCCUUAUUUAUUAGAUAAUUUAUCUGUAUUUAUUUAUUUAUUUGUCUGUGUCGUUUAACUUGUGUUGUGGAAAUAAAUCCUUUUUCUAGUAAGUCA